AGAUAUACGGCCAGUAAACCAACAAAGCUGUUAUGAUUUUGACCUGUACGGAAUGCAUUAUACAUCUAUUGUGCUCUCAAACACACCGCGCCCGCAAACAAGUGCACAGUGCAGCUGACUCCUUGUGAAUGUGUUGGAAACUUUUUGGGAUAUUUUAUUACACUAUGUGUGAUUUAUGUGCGAAUAGUGCUGAAGUGAAAAAUGUGUGGACUGGAUAAAGUGACAUUUUUCUGCUUUAUUCCCAUUACUGUUUUAGCUGUUACAAAGGGCGAUUAUACACACUAUCCCUCAUUAAACCCUGAAGAGGAGAGUAACGGCGCAUGGAACCAGCGCAAUAACCGAGAAGCAUUAAGACUAUCUAAUGAUGACAUUUACGUUUGUGAGGAACCUGCCGACACAGCGCCUCCGGAGUCCAACCGGAGCUGCAACUACCGAAACGUGGACUACCACGAGCAGAUCUAUAAGUGGGUGUCGGGCCGUGGCUGUCUGCUCUACACGCCGGACUUCCUUUACGUGGACGGUGCCAAUUCUCUCAAUUUGAACAACGCCUGUCUUUAUGGGAAUUUGAGGGCACCGUGUUUGGAGAUUGUUAAAGAUGACGGCACAUACGGCUGCUAUCCUUUCGAUCCUGGUUUAGAAGAAGUGGUGGUGGCGGUAAAAAAUGCGCUCAUCCCAUCUGCCCACGGCCGAUGGGAGAGGUGCUUCGAAGAGGCUGCUGCGUGCUGCAACCAGUAUAUGGCAUUGGAGAGCGCUAGGAAAAACUAUCUUACAGCAUUUACAGAUAUACUGGAAGACUAUGCGCUUAACGAAGAGCACGAAUGCAAUCCAACAUUCGACGGCUGGACUUGCUGGCAGUCUGCCCCCAGCGGGACCACAGCCGUCGAGGUCUGUUCAGAGUUUGCCUACUCCAGCCAAGGACCGACGUGCCAUCAUUUCAGCAGCAGGGAGUGCUAUCAAAACGGAACAUGGGAGCUUCAAACCGACUACAGCACUUGCAGCAUCACCUCUCGCCUGCUCCGGCGAUAUCGCUUCUACAUCGCCAUGCUAGCCUUCUCUAUAGCCUCAUGCCUGCCAGCUAUAGGCAUCUUCUUCUUUUACAAGAGGCUUAGGCUGACCAGAGUGGCAUUACAUAGGAAUCUGCUGAUUGCUAUUGUUACAAGGAACGUUUUGGUCAUCAUUAGUAGAAGUGCGAUUUAUAUCGACGAGUUAACCAACCCCGGUGAAACCGUGAUGUCGACUCACGCCGUGGGUUGUCGAAUACUCGCCAUCCUGGAGAGAGUUGCAGCCAACACAGUGUUUGUGUGCAUGCUGGUCGAGGGUGUGUAUCUGCAUAGGGUCAUCGUGACGACCUUUAGGAGGAAACUGAAGAUUAAGUGGCUGUACGCUUCGGGAGCUGUAAUCGCCAUAGUCCCAGUGUUGGCCUGGUCGAUCGUCAUGGGUCUACUAGACGACCAUUCCUGCUGGGUCGUGUACACAGUGAGCCACAUCCAGUGGAUCUUAGACGCGCCGCGUCUGGCCGUGCUGAUAAUAAACACACUUCUGUUUGUUGAUGUGCUGAGAGUGCUGCUUACCAAGAUUAGGAACAGCGAGAACGCUAAUCAGCUGAGCACAACAAAAGCAACACUUUUCCUGAUGCCGAUAUUCGGCUCCCAGUUCCUACUGACCGCGUUUCGACCGAAUACCACCAACUGCACCGGCGAGCAAGCCUACUAUUACAUCACUUACACCGUCGAAGGCCUGCAGGGGUUCGUCGUGGCUAUGCUGUACUGCUAUGUCAACAAAGAGGUACGCAUGUUGAUAAUGGAAACGUACAGGAAAACGGAAAACGCAGUAGUGUCCCGCGUCCGCGGGGAUUCCUACGUGCGGCCCAGUCUCAACCCUAACUCCAGGAGAAUGACCUACAGCACCAAUCUCCCUUCCCAGUUCGAGGACCCCAAGGACAACGUAGUCUUACCGAAACUACACGUCGCUGAAAUCAUAUCAAUAAAUAACACAGAAAAGCUAGCAGAGAUCUUAGACCCUGUCUACGAAACUAUCGAUGCAGGAGAAACAAAUGCAGCAUACUCAUACGGCUCGAUACAGGAUCUAACUCGCGACAAAAGGGAUUAUCACAACUACACCAACGCUUCAAGCACGUCUUAUGAGAAUGAAGACUGGAUCAGGUCUGUUACGUCACACGAAAGCGAAGCUCCUAACUCUCAUUACGAACUAGAUGAAAACCGGGAAGAAAUAAAACUCGAAGAAGUAAACGGACCUAUAAAUACUUUUAAGCGAAUAAAUGAUUCAAUAACAAAUACAAAUUAUACAAAUAAUAAACAUGAUGAUUCAGAACAAUUCGAUAACGACGAUUCGCUAGAUGAAACAGACCAUGACAGUAUGUUUGAUGAAAUAUUCAAUUACAUAGAUUUAAGUAAAGAUAAUUUAGAUCCUGAACUUUUGUCUCCAAACAGACAGAAAGAAGACAGAAUUGUCUUUGUAAAUGAAUAAGUAGACAACUAUUUGUGUAUUUGGUUUAGGGGCAAUAUUAGUUUAAUCUAAGUAUUUAUUUUCAAUUAUUUAUUAUUAAACCUGAAUUGACAUGA